UUGACAGCUGCUGUAAGAAUUAAAUAAAUGCUACACUGAAUCGUUUUAAAUUAUCAAAACAUUUUGCUAACAUAAACAUCAUUACAGUAAAUGAAAUAUCAUUAAUUAACUAACAUGGUAUUUCUGUGAUUAUUAUAAUGGAACAAAAUUUAAACGGGUUAGAAAGUUCUCCCUCGAAGACCUUUAUCGAAGCCAACGACUAUGACUUACAGUAUACAACAUGGAGUAUGGAAUAUUUGAAAAAGGCAGCUAUAGAACAUAAAUUGGCUAAACCUCGUAGUCUAGCAUGGGCUGUUCUACUGAAUGCUGUGCCUCCGCCUUCCGGAGAUAUAUUGUUAAGGGAAAGCUGUUUUAAAAUAAGUAUACAAGGCCACAGGAACUUCUAUGAAGAUUUACGGAAGAAGUUGUCUCUGGAUCCUAGAUCGGUUGUUGGAGAUGAUCCUCUCUCUCAGAAUGAUGAGAGUGCAUGGAAACAACAUUUCUGUGAUAACGAAUUGAAAGCGCUCAUAAUGCAAGAUGUAGUGAGGACUUUUCCGGACGAAGCCUAUUUCCGGGACAAAGAUGUCCAAGACAUGAUGGUGCGGGUGCUGUUUUUCUGGGCCCGAGCUCACGUCCGUCCCGGCUACCGGCAAGGUAUGCACGAGAUCCUCGCUCCCGCACUGCUCGAACUCCACUGUGACAGGAUGAACGCGCCGCAACACGUGAGUGAUACUCUCCGGUAUUACCUUAAGGAGGAAUAUUUAGAACACGACAGCUAUAUGUUAUUUAGUGCGAUAAUGAAAGGCUUAGAGAAAUUUUACACAACGGGAAAUGUGAUACCCUUGUCCUGUGGCAGGCUACCGACGGCUAAAACACUGGAUAAUCAGAACGAGGUGGUGCGGUAUCUGGACAGGCUGAGGGAGGAGUUCCUGGUCAAACUGGAUCCUGAGCUCGCGGAACAUUUAGCUGAGUGUAACAUAUCUAUGGAAUUGUUUGGAAUUCGUUGGCUCCGUCUGUUGUUUGGUCGGGAGUUCCCCCGCGGAGACAUCCCGGAUCUCUGGGGGUUCAUAUUCUCCGACGGCCCCAUGUUACCGAAUGUGCAUUUCGUUAUUUUGGCCAUGCUGAUAUCUAUGAGAAACAUCCUAUUAGACUCGGACACUGGCUCAGCGUUGUCACUACUGAUGCGUCCAUCGUCCGUCUCUUCGGAGCACGUUCGAUCUCUGGCCUUACACUUAAGAAGUCCCCAGAAGUAUCCGCGCCCGCCGCAACCCUUGUUGGACGAUUUCGUCACGGUGGAUCCGUCGCCGACCGAGCCGUACACGUUCGCGGCGUGUUCCGAGGACGCUCGCUCCUCGUGCUCCGAGGGCGUGGCGGAGGGGGGAGACGUCGCGCGCUCUCUGGCCGCGCUCGCCUUACUCCGCGCCCGACUGCCGGCCGCAGCGGACGCGCUGGCGGCUGCCCUCCCAACACCGCCGCCAGCCGCCCGGGCGCCGCUGCAACAGAUCAUGCAGCUGGCAGCUCUGCUACAAUGUCGCAACCACGCACUGAUAGACGUUGAAACGGCGUUAGAAGCGGCCGAGAACCAAGCGCCGUCCAACGACAUCGGCAGGCGCCAUCUAGUGCCGGUUACAGUGUUUAACAAGAAACACAUGAACUCGCAGAAACAAAUGCCGCAACUGAACAAGAAGAAGGAGGUCCAGCUGAAAGUAUUCCAUCAGGUCGAAUGUGACGCCAGUGAUUUGCCAUUUCUAGAUCCCCUCCGGCUAAGGACAGAAUGACUACGACGCAAAAUUAUGCUCUAUAGCUAUUAUCACUAAGUACAAUUUUCAAGUCUCAAAGUAAUCAUCGUAUCAGAAAAUUUGUUAACGUUUUUUUCAUACAUGCAUUAUAAAUGCUCUUGUGACUGGUGAUACGUACGCUAAAUAAAUAUAUAGCUGUUUAUAUUUAAGUUACUUUAUAUGGUUGUAUUACAUUUCGUAUUGAUUGUAUGUAAUUAAUUACUUAAGUGCAAAUUAGUUUAAUCUUAUAUGAAAAUAUUUUCAGUUUUGUUAUAAGUCGUAUAUAGUUUAUGGAUAACAAAUAUAUGUGUAAAUAUUUACGAAGUAUUGAGUGAGACAUGCUUUACGUGUGUAUGCUGUUUUUAAAUCCGUUUUAAUUAAAUGAAAUAAAUCAUUUACAGAUAUGUAUUAUAGGAUAUAUUGUUGUAAAACGAGCGAUGAAUCUUUAAGCUGAGACAAAUUAUAUAUCAAAAUAGUUAACAAUAAUUUAUAUGAACAGAUUUAAAACAAAACCAAUUUAGAAUUUCCUUGUUAUUCAUUAACUCGGAUCAUCUUAUAUUUUAAUGUUUCGGCUGUGAAGUUUAUAAAUAAAUUCGUAGUUGAUUCGAAUAUCUCAUUAUUCUAUAUGAAAUUGUAAACUAAUAAUACCAAGAUUAUUUGGGUAUUAAAAUUUAUACAGAAUA